GAUGUCUCCUUUUAUUCCUUAGCCUUUAUUCCUCCACACCCACUUCACGAGAACAAAAGCCUGUGCGUUGCAGCUUUUAACAGUAGGGACGGAGGUUUGGAGGGUGCAGCAUCCUUGGGCGCCUUGAGGGAGAAGGAGCGGAGAUGACCAGCGGCUCCCAUUCACGAGAUGGUCGGCCUCGUCGUGGGAGUUGGCGACUUCGGAGUCCCGUGGGUGGUCGUGCGUAGCCUGCUUUCGCGUGCUGGAAGGCUUGGCUGUACAAGUAGAUGAAAUAAGGAUCAUUGCCAUUUACUGAGUCCUUACGUGUGCCGAGGCUUUAUCUAAAUGGUUUCAUAUUAACUGCCCUCAACAAUCCCAGCUUUUAGGAAUACUUGAACAUUUGCAAAGUAAAAGUUGCGCAAGAAGAAAACCUAACCAUUGGAGACAGAAAACUGUAAAGAUAGAUUUAAAAUGCUGUGUCUUGGAGGGUGGGCGAGGUUUUGGUGUGUAUUUGGGAUUUGGCUGAAGUGUGCUGGUUAAGGAAGCGUUUGCUGAUGACCUUCAAUUUGAUCACUGAAAGGGGAGUAGAAGCUUCCAAAGAGCAGUGAAUUCCAGGCAGAAGAAAAUGCGGGCUCAGCAGAAAGGUAAAAAAUUGCUGCGUCAACUCAGGAAAACAAUACUGUUACUAUCUCUGCAUUUUAAACUGUAGCAACAACUUUGAUAUCAACAAUAAGCAUUGACAUCUGAGAACAAAAGAACAUUUGCCAAUGAACUGUCAUCACAAUUUCAAGUGAUUGUAUAAGCAGAAAUAAACUGCAGCAAAUCUAUGCGUCAGCUACUAUAGGGUGGAUACUUUCUUCCGAUGCUGUUCAUUUAGAAGCAAUUUUAAUACACAUCAUUUAAAUCAUACCUAUAUCAAAUGAAAUAAAAUGAGUGAAGCCCCUAGAUUUUUUGUUGGGCCUGAAGAUACAGAAAUAAAUCCUGGAAAUUAUCGGCAUUUCUUCCAUCAUGCAGAUGAAGAGGAUGAUGAAGAGGAUGAGUCACCACCGGAAAGGCAAAUUGUGGUUGGAAUAUGUUCCAUGGCAAAGAAAUCCAAAUCCAAACCAAUGAAGGAAAUUCUAGAACGGAUCUCCUUAUUUAAAUAUAUCACAGUAGUAGUAUUUGAAGAGGAAGUUAUUUUGAAUGAACCAGUAGAAAACUGGCCUUUAUGUGAUUGUCUUAUUUCUUUCCAUUCUAAAGGAUUUCCACUGGACAAAGCAGUUGCCUAUGCAAAACUCAGGAAUCCAUUUGUAAUCAAUGACUUGAAUAUGCAGUAUCUCAUACAAGAUAGAAGAGAAGUAUAUAGUAUUCUUCAAGCUGAAGGUAUUUUACUUCCUCGUUAUGCAAUUUUGAACCGUGACCCAAAUAAUCCCAAAGAAUGCAACCUGAUUGAAGGGGAAGAUCAUGUAGAAGUAAAUGGGGAAGUUUUCCAAAAACCAUUUGUGGAAAAACCAGUCAGUGCAGAAGAUCAUAAUGUUUACAUUUACUACCCAACCUCUGCUGGGGGUGGGAGUCAGAGGCUCUUUAGGAAGAUUGGCAGUAGAAGUAGUGUUUAUUCCCCAGAAAGCAAUGUACGAAAAACUGGCUCGUAUAUAUAUGAAGAAUUUAUGCCCACAGAUGGUACUGAUGUUAAGGUUUAUACAGUGGGUCCAGAUUAUGCCCAUGCUGAAGCUCGAAAAUCUCCAGCACUUGAUGGCAAGGUGGAACGAGAUAGUGAAGGAAAAGAAGUAAGGUACCCUGUUAUUCUCAAUGCCCGAGAGAAAUUAAUUGCUUGGAAAGUCUGCCUUGCCUUUAAGCAAACCGUCUGUGGCUUUGAUUUGUUACGGGCCAAUGGGCAGUCCUAUGUCUGCGAUGUUAAUGGCUUCAGUUUUGUGAAAAAUUCCAUGAAAUAUUAUGAUGAUUGUGCAAAAAUACUUGGAAAUAUUGUAAUGCGAGAGCUUGCUCCACAAUUUCAUAUCCCUUGGUCCAUACCCUUAGAAGCUGAAGAUAUCCCAAUUGUACCAACGACAUCUGGAACUAUGAUGGAACUUAGAUGUGUCAUAGCUGUCAUACGUCAUGGGGAUCGUACACCAAAACAAAAAAUGAAAAUGGAAGUGAGGCAUCAAAAAUUUUUUGAUCUUUUUGAAAAGUGUGAUGGAUAUAAAUCUGGGAAAUUAAAACUCAAAAAACCAAAACAAUUACAGGAAGUAUUGGAUAUUGCACGACAGCUUCUUAUGGAACUGGGACAAAAUAAUGAUUCUGAAAUUGAAGAAAACAAACCAAAACUUGAACAACUUAAGACUGUAUUAGAGAUGUAUGGACAUUUUUCUGGAAUAAAUCGUAAGGUCCAGUUGACCUAUCUUCCCCAUGGUUGUCCUAAAACAUCUAGUGAAGAGGAAGAUAGCAGAAGAGAAGAACCAUCCUUACUUUUGGUUUUAAAAUGGGGAGGAGAAUUAACCCCUGCAGGCAGGGUCCAGGCUGAAGAACUUGGACGCGCUUUCAGGUGUAUGUAUCCUGGAGGUCAAGGAGAUUAUGCAGGAUUUCCUGGUUGUGGUUUGCUUAGAUUACAUAGCACCUACCGACACGACCUCAAAAUAUAUGCCUCUGACGAGGGACGAGUCCAGAUGACCGCAGCGGCCUUUGCAAAGGGCCUAUUAGCUCUAGAAGGAGAGCUUACGCCCAUUCUUGUUCAGAUGGUGAAAAGUGCAAAUAUGAAUGGUCUUUUGGAUAGUGACAGUGACUCUCUGAGUAGCUGUCAGCAACGUGUGAAGGCAAGGCUUCAUGAAAUACUUCAGAAAGACAGAGAUUUUACUGCUGAAGAUUAUGAAAAGCUUACUCCGUCUGGAAGCAUUUCUCUCAUUAAAUCAAUGCAUUUCAUUAAAAAUCCUGUGAAGACCUGUGACAAAGUUUAUUCCUUGAUCCAAAGUUUGACCUCUCAAAUCAGACAUCGAAUGGAAGAUCCCAAAUCAUCAGAUAUUCAGCUUUACCAUAGCGAAACAUUGGAGCUUAUGCUGCGAAGAUGGUCCAAGUUGGAGAAAGACUUUAAAACAAAGAAUGGAAGAUACGAUAUAAGUAAAAUCCCUGACAUAUAUGACUGUAUAAAAUAUGAUGUUCAGCACAAUGGCUCCUUGAAAUUAGAAAACACAAUGGAAUUAUACAGGCUUUCGAAGGCAUUGGCAGAUAUUGUUAUCCCUCAGGAAUACGGUAUAACGAAAGCUGAAAAACUGGAGAUUGCCAAAGGCUAUUGUACCCCUUUAGUCAGAAAAAUUCGCUCCGACCUUCAGAGGACACAAGAUGAUGACACUGUAAAUAAACUCCACCCUGUGUAUUCCAGAGGUGUUCUGUCUCCUGAGCGUCAUGUCCGUACUAGAUUAUAUUUUACCAGUGAAAGUCAUGUACAUUCUUUACUGUCUAUUCUCCGCUAUGGUGCCUUAUGCGAUACCAAUGAUUCUCUAAAUGAAGAUGGAGGAAUGGUGAAGAAGAUGGAAUCAAAGGACGAACAGUGGAAACGAGCUAUGGACUAUUUAAACGUUGUCAAUGAGCUCAACUACAUGACUCAGAUUGUUAUCAUGCUUUAUGAGGAUCCUAACAAGGAUCUUUCCUCAGAGGAACGCUUUCAUGUUGAAUUACAUUUUAGUCCAGGAGCCAAAGGCUGUGAAGAAGACAAAAAUUUACCUUCUGGUUAUGGAUAUAGACCAGCUUCCAGAGAGAAUGAAGGCAGGAGAUCUUUUAAAAUUGAUAAUGAGGAUGAACCACAUACUUCUAAGAAAGAUGAGGUUGAUCGAGCCGUAAUAUUAUUUAAACCUAUGGUAUCAGAGCCAAUUCAUAUACACAGGAAGUCUCCCCUGCCAAGAUCUAGGAAGAUGGUUACAAACGAAGAAGAGAGCCCCCUGAGUGUGUCUAGCCCAGAGGGUACUGGUACCUGGCUGCAUUAUACCAGUGGUGUGGGUACUGGGCGUCGAAGACGCAGAUCAGGGGAACAAAUCACUUCUUCCCCUGUCUCCCCCAAAUCAUUGGCUUUCACAUCCAGUAUUUUUGGCUCAUGGCAACAGGUUGUAUCCGAAAAUGCUAAUUACCUACGAACACCAAGAACUCUUGUAGAACAGAAGCAGAAUCCUACUGUAGGGUCUCACUGUGCGGGCCUGUUUAGCACCUCGGUGCUCGGGGCUUCUUCAAGCGCACCUAACCUACAGGAUUAUGCUCGUACUCAUCGUAAAAAGCUGACCUCUUCUGGCUGCAUAGAUGACACCACACGCGGUUCUGCUGUUAAAAGGUUUUCUAUCUCAUUUGCUCGACACCCAACCAAUGGUUUUGAAUUGUAUUCCAUGGUGCCAUCCAUUUGUCCUCUAGAAACGCUUCAUAAUGCCUUGUCUCUAAAGCAGGUGGAUGAAUUUCUUGCUUCCAUCGCUUCUCCAUCAAGUGAAGUUCCAAGGAAAACCCCUGAAAAUUCAUCUGCAGCUUCACGCUCCAGUCCAGUAAUGAGAAGAAAAGUAUCAUUAAAUACAUAUACACCUGCAAAGGUCCUCCCAACACCACCAGCUACCUUAAAGAGUACUAAAGCAAGCAGCAAACCAGCUACCAGUGGACCUUCUACCGCAGUGGUUCCUAAUACCUCAUCUCGGAAAAAGUCUAUAACUAGUAAAACAGAAAUGCAUGAACACAAAAAAAACAUGGGAAAAAAGAAGUGAAAUCUUUUUUAGGAGAAGCUGGAACUUCUCAUAAAAAUCACGCAUCCAAGUAGAAAAAAAAAAAAUGUCCUAAACCUUGACUGAAAACUGUCAAGCCAGGUAGUUUAAUGUUUCCCCUUGUACAUCUCUGUAUUCAUUAACAAUUAUUCUUCAAUCUAGGGAAUUUAUGGUUUAUAUUUGGGGAAGACCUUUUGUUAUCUGGAAAUGUUUAAUACAAUGUUCAUUAGCAUUCUGUGAGUAGUAAAAUUUACCGUGUAUAUUGUUAAUGGCAUGUUUACCGUGUGCCUCUGGUAAAGAACAGGAACAUCGAAACCUCGCUGGCCCGUACCAAAGCCACACCAGUGAUGCAGGGUCUGAUGGAGUGGACCUGUACACACACUCAUUUUCACAGGAUUGUAAAGCCGUAAAAACCUUUAGCUUGGAUUACAAUUUCACAGCCAAGAUUAUGUAUUGUGGACCUUUUAAACAAUAUAUUUCCAAAGAGAUUUCAUUGACCAUUUAGAUUAGGAAAAAUUUUCUCAGUUGUUACAAUGUCUCAUAUGCUGCAAUAUUUAAUGACUGGAAUAUUAGCACCUGGGUUAUUUUUUUCAAUCUGUGCUUUGAAUUUUUUUUUUAUUGUGUCUAUUUAAAAUAACUACAUAACACAUUUGGAAGAAGUAUACCUUUACACACAUAAUUUGUAUGGUAAUUUCUAGAAGAUAUUUUCUUUACUGUAAGAGGUGCUGUAUUCAUCAGGAAAAUUUUUGAUUCAUAUAUGGGCACUGGAAGGACAGCUUUGGAGUUUCUUUUUAAGAGAGAGUUGAAAAGUUACAAAUGUUAUUCUUAGAGUUCCUUUGGGAUCUAAAGUACUGAGUCAAAAAAUGGGAAUCACCAAUGUUGGAGUCAAUUUGAAUUUUAUUAAGUUAGUAGGUGUUCAUUUAUGUAUAGCAUCUAUGUUUACUGUGUUCAUUCUUAUUUCCAGUGUAUCAGUUGAUCUCAGUAAGAACUCUUAAAGAUUGAGAAUUUGAAGUAAAUGCUCCUUAUAAAUGACUAGAUUUUAAAGGGAAAUUGAGAUCAUUCUGUUGUGGUUUCAUUUAUGAUGUGAAAAUAAUGUUAUCCUUGGUGCUUUUUAAAAUUCUGAUGCACAAAUAAUUAUGAACCACUUGAAACAAUUGAAACUGUAAUCCAAACGAUGUAACCUGCUAAGAAUUCCAUGCAUUGCAAGUUACAUAACUUAAAUUGCUAAACGUAAUUUAGCUUGAAGCUAAGGUUUAAAAUUAUUGAGUUCUUACAGUAUGGUUACAGCUAUUGUAAUUCUUCAGAAGAGACUCUCCUAAUCUUAAAUCAUCACGUAUGAACUGACUUUUACAAAAUAAGUUUAUUACAUGUUAGUUGUUUUAAAAGGUACCAGAUGUAAAAGUCACAAAUAUAUACAAUUAAGUAAGUUUAUCUACUUCACAUGAAUGUAAAUGUACUAUACGGUGACAUGUCUUGUCCGUAGUCGAAUGUAUCUAUGUUUCCUGUAUGUGAAAAUGUCGCUGAUGUGCUCACUGUGGGUUAAGUCUACUUUCAUUUUGUAAGUGGGACUGAAUUAAAAUAUUUUUAUUUCCAGAAUCA